UUCCAGAACUGUUUUACACACAUCUAAUCUAUUUCUAUUCUAUUUAUCUUCCUAUUUGUUGUCCAUCUAACUCAUAUCAUCUAUCUAUCUCCAUUUAUCUAUCAUAUGUUUCUAAUUCAUCUAUUUAUUCUCUCUCUUAUUUAUCUUCUAUCUAUCCCUCUCUUUAUAUAUCUGUCUCUUUCUACCUCACAUGUAUAUACAUAUCAGUCUAUCUGCCUGUCUCUCAUCUAUUUCUAUGCUCUCUAUUUCUCUGCUAUAUAUGCCCGCAGAGCUGCACACAGGAGGCAGGUAGACGACUCAUGGGAGAAGUCAGAGAGGGAAUGACAGGGUUCGGAAGGAGGUGUGCCUGAGGCUCCAUAAUCAGGCUUGGAGCUGGACAUGCAGAGGGUGUGGCAGAGGGAGGUAGCUACAGAUAUUCCCAGUGGAUGUGAUGCUGAGGCUGCUGUCUCUCAUGUAUGUAUACUAGGCAGCUGCUACAUCUAACCUACAACUCCUGGUUCCUUCCGGAAAAACAUGAGCAGCGUCCAGCCCUGGCACACCUAUCUGCUGUGACUUUACAGGACUGGCAUCAGCCACUGGCAUGAAUGAAGAAUCUACAAAUGAAAAUCUAUGUAAGAAAAAGCUUUUACUACUCUUAAGAGCUAGAAACACAGUGGUAAAGGGAAAAAGCAUGUCAAAGGAUUGGAUUUUUACUAUUUUUGUAAAAUCGACAAUUUUCUGUUGAGAAGAUUAAAAAUGGGCCUCCGUGACAAAUCUGCUGACAACAUGAUGGAAAGCUGCUGCGUAGAGAAAACAUUUCCACAACACAAUCAGAAGCAUCUGUUUAUUCAUAAGAAACUGAGACUUAUUAGAAUACUGGGUCUUUUAUUCAGUAUAAUAGCCAUAAGCACUUUGUCCACUUCAGUUGGUGCCUUUUUAAAGACUGAUCUGUACAGCAAUGAUGUGACCAGUGCUACAAACAGCCAUACUCCACUGCAACGGCAUCAACGAAAUCUGAUGGACUUUGCAGAGCAAAACCAGAAUGAUACCCCAGGGUCCACUAUUUCAAUGAACUAUAAAAGUGGUAACAAUAAAUCAGCUUCUAAAGGGGACUACCCGGAAGACAUUUUUUCUUUAGAAGACAGAAAGAGGGGUGCUGUUGUGCUCCAUAUAUUUGGGAUGAUUUAUAUGUUCAUAGCACUAGCUGUAGUUUGUGAUGAAUUUUUUGUUCCCUCAUUAACAGUUAUCACUGAAAAACUAAUGAUUUCUGAUGAUGUGGCAGGGGCAACUUUUAUGGCUGCCGGUGGAUCUGCCCCAGAACUUUUUACAUCACUAAUAGGAGUAUUUAUAUCCCACAGCAAUGUUGGUAUUGGAACCAUUGUUGGAUCAGCAGUAUUUAAUAUCCUUUUUGUAAUUGGCAUGUGUGCUUUAUUUUCUAAGGAGGUAUUGAACCUCACCUGGUGGCCACUGUUUCGAGAUGUGUCUUUUUAUAUCCUGGGAUUGAUUAUGCUCAUAAGUUUCUUCUUGGACAAUUUCAUCCAAUGGUGGGAAAGCCUCCUUCUGCUCAUGGCUUAUCUAACAUAUGUUACUUUUAUGAAGUACAAUGUCCAAAUAGAAAACUGGGUAAAGAGGAAACUGAACCGGAACAAGGUUGUUAAGGUAUCAUCUGCUAAUUCUGAAGGAAAGGAGCACAGAGACCAACCAAACAUUCUUGUGUUACAAGAAGAGCCAAGAAGUCCACAAGAGCAAGAAGUAGUAGCAAUGAACAUUCGACAACUAGACGUUAAUGAAAGUGCAGGUUUAAAAGAGACUUGGACUGAGACUAUAACAUCCCCUAAUAAGACAAAACCAAGACUACAGCGUGGUGGCAGCUCAGCAUCACUACAUAACAGUCUCAUGAGGAAUAGCAUAUUCCAGCUAAUGAUACACACACUUGAUCCUCUUUCUGAAGAACUUGGAGCAUAUGGAAAACUAAAAUAUUAUGACACUAUGACUGAAGAAGGAAAAUUUAAAGAGAAGGCGUCAAUUUUACACAAAAUGGCCAAGAAGAAAUGUCAGGUGGAAGAUAGCGAGCAACUAAAUGGAGCAGCCAGCUAUGUAGAAAAAAAUGAUCUUCCAAAUACUUCUAAUGUUGAAGUUGAAGUAACACCACCGAAAGAAUCUGCUGGUCCAGUUCAAAAUGGAAAUGUUGCUCAUAAUAUCGAGGCUGCAGAAACACAGGUGACAGCUACACAACCUCCCGAUGAAGGUGACCAUCCUCUAAGCCUAUCAUGGCCCACUAAAAAGCGUAAAAGAGCUGUGUACCUUGCUGUGCUCCCAAUAGUAUUCCCUUUGUGGCUUACAUUACCUGAUGUCCGAAAUCCAGGAUCAAGAAAAUUUUUCCCUGUAACAUUUUUUGGAUCAAUCACUUGGAUUGCAGUUUUUUCUUAUCUAAUGGUAUGGUGGGCCCAUCAGGUAGGGGAAACUAUUGGAAUAACAGAAGAAAUCAUGGGACUCACAAUAUUAGCUGCUGGUACUUCUAUUCCAGACCUCAUAACAAGUGUCAUUGUUGCACGCAAAGGCCUAGGGGACAUGGCAGUAUCUAGCUCUGUAGGAAGCAACAUUUUUGACAUCACAGUUGGGCUUCCAAUGCCCUGGCUCCUAUUUUCCAUGUUUAACCAAUUUCGUCCAGUGAUGGUGAGCAGCAAUGGCCUCUUCUGUGCUAUUGUCCUCCUUUUCAUUAUGCUGCUGUUCGUCAUUCUAUCCAUCGCCUUGUGCAAGUGGAGAAUGAACAAGAUCUUAGGAUGCAUGAUGUUUGGUCUCUAUUUUGUUUUUUUGAUCGUCAGCGUCCUUCUAGAAAACCGCAUUAUCCUAUGUCCAGCUUCUCUCUAGAUUUUACGGAUUGAAGAACACUGAACCUGAUGCUCAUGAAGUGAAAGGGUGGAAGCAUAGCUUCACCUGCAGAAGGCCAAAAGCAUUGUCAGCAUGGUUAUGAAGUCAACUUAUGGCUCUUUUACUAAAGAUGUUAUAAUCUAUAGAAACUGUACAUUUUCUAAUACACACUGUAUUCCUGUAUUACUCUCUUUACAUAUGAUAUAUAUCCAUAAAUAUAUUAAUAUGCAGAUAAUGUACAACAAAAAGAGACGCUAGAUAAAAUGAGAUCUACAUGUAGGGAAUCUCAGCAGCACAUGGAAUUCAUAUUUGUCCACUAGGUUUUAAUAGAGUUAGCACAUCAUUUAAUCACCAUAACUGUAUUUCAACACUUCUCUGCCUAUAGAAUAGUCUGGAAAAAGUGUUGUGGAACAAGAGAUGUAUUUAACUUCACUUAGGCAGUUAGGAAACAAUUCUGAAACUGCUACAAUAAAAAUGUGGCACACUGUAUGCUGAGUAUGAAGUGAACACAAAUGAUUUUUGGCUUACUUACUGUGUACUUACUAUAUAUUUAUUGAUGGCAGUAUUGCAGCACUUCACUUUACAGAACAAAAUGAGUGUAAUGUAUCUUAGCCCAGAAGCAUUCAAAUCUGGUAAUGUAUGGAAAUGUAAAGCUACCUGGAUAAUAUAGACUUAUGAUCAAGAAUUUCUGUCACACAGUCUUGUGAUUUAAUGUACCAACUCAAAGUAACAGUUGGUAGUUCUGUUCUGAUUGCAAGGCUGAAGAAUAUCUAUCAAAUAAUAAACAUAUAUUAACAAUGA